AUGAAAUCUUCCAUCAUUUUUAGAAAUAUUAAAUAUGGUCAACCAUCCAAUCUUACUCCAAAAGGAUCAAUUUUAAAACCGAUUCUAUUAAAUCCAAGUACACCAAAAACAAGAUUAUUUAUAAAUGAAUCAAAUGAAAAAUCAAUUAUUGAUAAAAGAUAUAUGAUUAAUAUCUCUAGAAAUAUAGAGGUAUUAAAUUUUAAAGAGUUAACUCCAGAGGCAAAGGAGAGACGUCAUACAGCUGGUUUCGUUGAUACCAAGGUGAUGGAGCUACUCUCGAAUAAGCCAAGAGGAUAUCAAAAUAUUAUAAAGGUGAAAGAAGGCGAUACAGUAUUCAAUGCUAUUCAAACCAUGCAAAAACACAAGGUCGGUGCGUUGGUAGUGGUCGAUGCAGAGAACCGCAUGACCGGUAUCUUCUCGGAGCGUGACUAUAUGAACAGAAUCGUAGUUAAAGAUCUCUCUAGCAGAACCACCUAUAUCAAAGAUGUAAUGUCACCACAUGUAGUCACAGUUAGAACCGACACAUCCACAGCCAAAUGCAUGUCAAUCAUGAUCAAGCGAGGAUUCCGUCAUUUGCCAGUGGUAGAAGGUGAGAAACUCGUUGGGAUUCUCUCGAUUGGUGAUCUAGUAAAACAUAUCAUCUCUGAUCAACGUUCGGAAAUCAAUCAUCUCAAACAAAGAUUGGGUGGUUCAUAUCCCGAUGAUUUAGAUCAAGGUCUAUAG